AUGGUGGGCCAAAGCAAUUAUAGUUCUUCAUUUGACUUCAUUCUGCUUGGCUUCUCUGACCAUCCCAGACUGGAAAUGAUGCUGUCAGGAGUUGUCACCAUCUUCUAUUGUAUCACAUUGAUGGGAAACACAGCCAUCAUUCUUGCAUCUCUCCUGGAUUCCCACCUGCACACACCAAUGUACUUUUUCCUCAGGAAUUUAUCUUUUCUAGAUCUGUGUUUCACAACCACCAUUGUCCCUCAGAUGCUGGUCAACUUAUGGGGACCCAAGAAGACGAUCACCUUUAUGGGUUGUGUCAUUCAACUCUAUGUUUACAUGUGGUUGGGCUCCAUUGAGUGCCUUCUCCUGGCUGUCAUGUCCUAUGACCGUUUCACAGCUAUUUGUAAGCCUUUGCAUUAUUUGAUAAUCAUGAACCCUUGUCUAUGUCUCAAGAUGAUUGUCGUGGUCUGGAGUAUUAGUUUGGCCAAUUCUGUAGUAUUAUGUACACUCACCCUGAAUUUGCCUAGAUGUGGAAACAACCUUCUGGAUCAUUUCUUGUGCGAGUUGCCAGCUAUGGUCAAGAUAGCUUGUGUAGACACCACAGCAGUUGAAAUGUCUGUUUUUGGUUUAGGCAUUAUCAUUGUUCUCACACCUCUCAUCCUUAUCCUUAUAUCCUAUGGUUACAUUGCCAAAACUGUGCUAAAAAUGAAGUCUAAAGCUGGACAAUGCAAAGCAAUGAAUACCUGUGGAUCUCAUCUCACUGUGGUGUCCAUAUUCUAUGGAACUAUUAUCUACAUGUACCUACAGCCAGGUAACAGUGCCUCCAAAGAUCAGGGUAAGUUCCUCACCCUCUUUUACACCAUUAUCACCCCAAGUCUCAACCCCCUCAUUUAUACCUUAAGGAAUAAGGACAUGAAGGAUGCACUGAAGAAGCUGAUGAGAGUUCACCAUGAAUCUAUGAAAAAAGGAACUGGGAAUCAUAUAAAAAAUGUUAGAUCAAAUAAAACAAUGAAA